AAAAACAAAAAUAUGAAGUCACUGCGAUUCCUGGCUGCAGAGGGCUUCAUUCACAGUGGCCCGAAUGCUCUGGAGAACCUCAACUGCUUGUCUUUUAAUCUUUACCCACCUCUCUUUAAGGCCUGCUACCUGCAUGAGCAGGCUGACGUGCUGCAUGCUUUGGUCAAGGCAUGGCCUCUUCCUGUGCUUGAUCUGCAAAGACUCCUGGGAGUGACAGUCGACUGUCAGGUGGACCUCACCUCCCGCACCUGUCGGCUGUGUCUGCAGGCGAUUCUGACUGGCUUAAAGGAUUAUGUUCUGUCACCUCCGAGAACCUACGCUAAGAGCCUGCAUGUGGUGGACUUGACUGCCCUGAGGGACAUCGAGCACCAGGCCUGCCCCUGCCAGUCCACCUUGGGUCGUUGGGCGAGAACCCAGCUCCUGACCCAAAUGUGCUAUGAGACCAUGGUGGCCAUGCAAGCCAGCGACGUGUCCCGAUCUGCCUUUGAAACAUCUAUUGAUGUCCGUCUCAAUGGCUUCGUCACAGGCCGCAAUUACGAGCUGGUGGCUCAGGCCUUCCUCCUCCUCCGCUACUGUCCGCUGAAGCCUCGUUUUGUGAGUUUCCGGGCUGAUUCCCUCACUCUAAAGCAGCUGUUUUAUGUUCUUCGCCUGGCAGAGCCUGAGUGCAUCUCAAAGCUGGAGGUGGUCCACAAUGUUCCCCUGGAGGCCACACACUUGGAGGUGCUGCUGUCCAAGGUGGAAUUCCCCAAAUUACAGUCUUUGACCCUGCCGGCUGGGACGCUGGAUGUUAGGAGGUUGGGUUCUGGUGAUGAAGAUGUGAUGUCCAUCAUCGGCAACCUGCUCGCACAACUGAGCAGCCUGACUGAGCUCUGUGUUGGUUUCUCCACUCUGACUGGACACCUUCGCAGACUGCUUAGUCCUCUCAACACUCCACUGCAGUGCUUGGAGUUGGCCAAUUGUGGCUUGAACCGCUUGGACAUGACGUACCUGUCCAACAGCCUCCACUGUGAGUUUCUGGUCCGCCUGGACAUCAGCGGACACGAUAUCUUUGGCUCUUUCUCCACCUGUUUCCACAAACUGCUCUGCCGAUGCUCAGCAACACUGGUCAGCCUGACCCUCGAAGAGUGUGACAUCAAGGAUGAGCACAUGGACGCCCUCACUGCCGCUCUGGCCAACUCUCAGGAGCUGGAGGAGCUCAAACUGCUGGGAAACCCUCUGACCUCUGCAGCCCUGCGGAGGUUAUUCUCCACGCUGUCUGCGGAUUUUCCAAAGUUAAAAUACAUAGAGGUUCCAGUUCCCCGCGAGUGCUACUCUGAGGAUGUCACGUAUCCUCUUUGUGAUUCAGACCUGCUGCAGUACAACAGGGAGCUGUUUCAGGAGGUCAGAGGUCAGCUGAUGGGGAUCCUGGAGGGAGCUGGUAGAGGGAGUGUGGAGGUGUGCACACCAGUCAUGGGGGCCUAUGACCCAGACAUUAAUGAAACCAGCAACGAGCUGGGAGUGUCCAUAUUAAAAUCUUUUAACAGCGUCAUUGGGAAUUUUAUAGGCAGCAUAACUGAGGUGGACAACAGGAGAUCACAAGCUCAGAAGGAGAAUUAAUGGGUUUUUCCUGUGAAGGGGUUAAGAAAAUGGACUAACAGAAAACAGUCAUGAACUUAAGCAGACCUAGGGCUGGGCAAUAUUUUGAUAUCAUGUUAAUAUCGUGAUUAAGACUAGAAAUCUUAGAUUUUGGAUAUUGCAAUAUUGCAAGUGUUGUUUUGUCCUGGUUUUGUAGGACGCAUUUGAGUAAAGUUAAGUCAUUUUCCAAACUUACCAGACUGCUCUAGUUCUUUUAUUAUUUGUCUUUUCCCACUUUGUCAUUGUAUAUACACAACUCAUGAUUGUUUAACAAUAAUCUCAUUGCAUAAAAUUAAGAAAGCACCAAUAGUCAGCCUUACAAAACUGUCACAAUAUUAAUAUCAAAGUCUGGGUAUUUUAUCAAAAAGACUGAUUUUGCCUGUAUUGCCCAACCCUAAGCAACCUGAAUCUCCAAAAGUUAUAGAAAUAUUUAUUUGUUGAGAAUUACUUUCUUUUCAAGGCCAUUUUCUUAGGAAAGACUAAUUUUGAUAACUAUUUUAGCUAGCAUAGACAGCUAGAAAACUGUCAUCAUUGUUCUACGCAUGAGUGAAGUCACAAUCUGUGAAAUUAGAUCGAGUAAACCAGAUUUGUUUGGAUAUAGUUUAACAUCCUAUUUGUGCUAGCAAGUGAAAAUUUGAAUUUGGCCAAAGUGCUCUUUGGGUUUACCAAUACAUAUCUCGGGAAAAAAUAGAAUCGGUCCCACUGUUUUGUCAUGCUAUACUUAGUAUUUGAACAGAUAGAACUACUGUUUUCUUGUAUACAUGUC